GAGCAAAUCUCAUUGGUAAAGUUGUGUGUGCACUGGUUUUUAUAGACCCAUUUCCUUUCAGUUUAACUCUAUCCCGGCAGACGCUGAGAGCAGUGUCAGCUGUCAGCAGAGCACUUUCUGUUGUGACAGCUCUUGGUCUUGGUGAGGAGAUGCUUCACAAGUGGCUCCUACUCUAGAAUGUUUUACUUAGAAGAUGGCAGUGAAGACGAGAGUCCUGGCGGCCAGCACAAAGGCACUUACCAUGGCAAGGCCCCCCCGGGUCUCCUGUCCCAAACCAUGAAUUAUGUGGGCCAGCUGGCUGGACAGGUGCUCGUCACCGUGAAGGAGCUGUACAAAGGCAUCAACCAAGCCACCCUGUCUGGGUGCAUCGAUGUCGUGGUGGUGCGGCAGCAGGAUGGCUCCUUCCAAUGCUCACCCUUCCACGUGCGCUUCGGGAAGCUGGGUGUGCUGCGCUCCAAGGAGAAAGUGAUUGACAUAGAAAUCAAUGGCAUCGCAGUGGAUCUUCACAUGAAAUUGGGUGACAAUGGAGAAGCAUUCUUUGUGGAGGAGACAGAAGAGGAAUAUGAAAAGCUUCCUGCAUACCUUGCCACCUCCCCGAUUCCCACAGAAGAUCAGUUCUUUAAGGAUCUGGACACCCCCUUGGGGAAAUCAGGAGGAGAUGGAGGACAGCCCCAGAGCGCAGACGUUUCACACAUCUCAGAAACAGAGACGGUGUUUGCUCCAAGUGCUGUGAAAAAGAAGAAGCGGAGGAGAAAGAAGUGCAAGCAGGACAGUAAGAAGGAGGAGCCAGCAGUCUCCCCUGCUGUGGAGGGCAGUCGUGACAUGACCGUGAGCUCCGAUGACGAGAAGGCAGCCCAGGCGUCCAGAGGAUCUUCAAAUGCUUCCUUAAAAGAAGAAUACAAGGAUCCUUUGCUCUUUCAUUCUGGGGAUCACUACCCCUUAUCCGACGGAGAUUGGUCCCCGCUAGAGAAUGCCUACUCCCAGGCGGCAUGUCCAAAGAGCGAUUCAGAGCUGGAGGUGAAGCCCUCUGAGAGCCUGCUGCGGUCCGAGUCACACAUGGAGUGGACGUGGGGUGGCUUCCCAGAGUCUACCAAGGUCAGCAGAAGAGAAAGGGCUGACCAUCAUCCUCGAACAGCUAUGAUAACCCCAUCGGAAAACACCCAUUUCCGGGUCAUUCCAAGCGAGGACAGCCUGUUGCGGGAUGACGAUGAGGACGCAGACAGGCCCCCCACUGACCCAGUACACGCCCUCCUGAAGCCCACGCCCAGGGCCCUGUGCACGCAUGGGCCGAGCCCCACAGCUGCUGGGUCGCUGGAGCCUGCACAGCCACCACCCGAGGAAGACUCGGAGCCUUCGCCCGGCCCUGCCUCUGCCGAGCCCCGAUCAACGGCCAAGGUGGACUCGCCGUCCAGGAAGCGAGGUGUCCACAAAAGAAGCCAGCACCAGGGGCCUGAUGAUAUUUACCUGGAUGACUUGAAAGGGCUGGAGCCUGAGGUCGCUGCGCUCUACUUCCCCAAGAGUGACACAGACCCUGGCUCCCGGCAGUGGCACGAGUGCGACACCCUGUCUGGCUCUCAGUCCCCACAGUCAGUGGGAAGCGCAGCCGCAGAUAGCGGCACUGAGUGUCUCUCAGAUUCUGCCAUGGACCUGCCCGAUGUCACCCUGUCCCUCUGCGGGGGCCUCAGCGACAAUGGGGAGAUCUCUAAAGAAAAGUUUAUGGAGCACAUCAUUACCUACCACGAAUUUGCGGAAAACCCUGGACUGAUAGACAAUCCGAACCUCGUCAUAAGGAUUUAUAACCGGUACUACAACUGGGCGUUGGCUGCACCUAUGAUCCUCAGCCUGCAGGUAUUCCAGAAGAGUCUGCCCAAGGCCACGGUCGAGUCCUGGGUCAAGGACAAGAUGCCAAAGAAAUCUGGGCGCUGGUGGUUUUGGCGGAAGCGGGAAAGCAUGACCAAGCAGCUGCCAGAGGCCAAGGAGGGGAAGCUGGAGGCGCCACCCACCAGUGACUUGUCUGCCAGCCCCAUGGAGCCAGCCAGUGCCAGGCUGACCGAGGAUGACACAUCGAGUGACGAGGGCUCCCAGGAGCUGGAGGAGCCUGUCGCCACGGAGCCACUACCUAUGGAGGCCCGGAGCCAUGGCAACAGCCCCUCAUACAGGAAGUCAUUGCGGCUCUCCUCUGACCAGAUUGCAAAAUUGCAGCUGCACGACGGCCCCAAUGAUAUUGUGUUCAGUAUCACCACCCAGUACCAAGGCACGUGCCGCUGUGCAGGGACCAUUUACCUGUGGGACUGGAAUGACAAGGUCAUCAUUUCCGACAUCGACGGGACAAUAACCAAGUCUGACGCUUUGGGCCAGAUUCUCCCGCAGCUGGGUAAAGACUGGACGCAUCAGGGCAUAGCGAAGCUGUACCACUCCAUCAACGAGAAUGGCUACAAGUUCCUGUACUGCUCUGCCCGUGCCAUCGGCAUGGCCGACAUGACCCGCGGCUACCUGCACUGGGUCAAUGACAAGGGCACCAUCCUGCCGAGGGGACCCCUCAUGCUGUCACCCAGCAGCCUGUUCUCCGCCUUUCACAGGGAAGUGAUAGAAAAGAAACCAGAGAAGUUCAAAAUCGAGUGUCUGAACGACAUCAAGAACCUGUUUGCGCCAUCCAAGCAGCCCUUCUAUGCUGCCUUUGGGAACCGUCCCAACGACGUCUAUGCGUACACACAGGUGGGGGUUCCAGACUGCAGGAUCUUCACCGUGAACCCCAAGGGAGAGCUGAUCCAAGAGAGGACCAAAGGGAACAAAUCAUCGUACCACAGGCUCAGCGAGCUGGUGGAGCACGUAUUCCCGCUGCUCAGCAAGGAGCAGAGCUCCGCCUUCCCGUGCCCGGAGUUCAGUUCCUUCUGUUACUGGCGAGAUCCCAUCCCCGCUGCAGCCCUGGAUGACCUGGCCUGAGGCCUGACUGAACACCACCCGGAGCUGCGGAACAGAGCACAGAGCGGAGUGGGAGGAUCAGCUUGGAACUCCCCGCAGGGCUGUCACUGAACCCUGAGGCAGACUGCUCUUCCUGGCCUGGGUGCGAGGUCCAGGUAGAGCUCACUCUUGCUCCUGCUCCAGGAGGGGAGCUCUUCUCAGACUGUGCCCACAGUGCAGAUCCAAGUGUGAUCCUUGUCACAUCCAAGGUCUGCAGUGCCAGUGGGAAACUGGGGGAAAACACAGGGGCAGCAGCCACGCGGGCCCCGGGAGAGGUGCCUUGGUCCUGCCCCACCAGGGUCCCGGCUGAGGUGGCCUUCAGGUCUUGCUUGGAACAAGAUUUCUGAUCUUCUGUGCUUCCGUUUUGUCAGUAAGCGGGGGAACACUGAGUUCAGGGCUGGCAGCCAGCAGUACCACUUCUGCACUGGGGGUCACGGUGGAGCCCUUGAAUGUCAGAUCCGGCAGGGCUGGUGAUGAUGAUGGUAGUGACCGCCACAUAGCUGCUAGAGGUGGUCUUCAGGGACCUGGACAGCCCAGAGCCCAGUCCUGCACUGGAGACCAUAGGACAGCGAGGUCCCAGCAGAGGGGGGCUUGGGCCAGUGUCACUGAGUUUGUUUCCUCCAAAAGGAGACCUGGAGCCUGGUCAUUCUGCUGAUCGCAGAGUGGUGUCCCGAGCAGUCCCUGUCCAAGAUCAAGGACAAGACCUCUGCAGUGGCCCCUAGCAGGGGCUUCCCAGGCCCCAGGAUUGGGGCUCUCUGCAGAGUGGGGUUGGCGCCAGUGAGCAGCCGCAGUGCCCUGUGCCCCCUUGGCUGUCCCGAUCUUGGGCGUGAGCUGCUGAGAGCAGGCCGAGGGAGACCCAAAGAGGCAAGGCCCUGCCAUGUGCUUGGUGGUACCCUUGCCUGGAUGGGGAGCUCCCUUUCCCAGCAAGCACUCUCCUGGCCUGUGGGCUAGAUGUCUCCUGUCCUGUUGGUGUGACUAGCCCGGACCCGGCCGCACCUAUCGGCAGCGAUGCAGGCUAAGUGUGAGUCACGCAGACAGUAGGCGCUCUCUAGUGCUGUGCUGUGGAGGCGCGCCUGUGCUGGAAACCCAUUGCCAUUUGGUACAAAUGACAUUUGUUCUUUCUGUGAAAGAGAGAUGCCCUCUAUGCAUUUGCACACAACCCUGAGGUGGCGAGGCAGGCUUACCUCGCUGUCUUCCAGUGAUGGGUCACUCUGCCUGGGGGACGUCCCUCUCUCCUCCAGGUCCCUAAGAGCUGCGACCCCAGGGGCGGGGUGGGGCAGACGGUUAGGGGUGCUGGGUGGCUGUCCUGACAUCACCCUUACCUGGGAGCCCUGCUCUGGGGGUGAGAGCAUUCGGAAUUUCAUUUAAGCUGGUUUAAAAUUGGUUAAAAUAAGUCUUCUUUCCAGGCAAGAGUGAUUUUUCUUUUUUUUUCUUUUUUCUUUUUUUUCUUUUUUGAGGUAAAGGGGAAACUACUCUUUCCACUUAGUAAUUACAUUCAGCUGAUGAUAGAGUACUGCUUACUAGGCAGCAGCGUCCCUAAUAGUUGUCAGAAGUUCGUUGUAAGCGUCAGUGCCGUUCUCUUAGCUGUGGUGAAGAUGUCCUCAGAUGGGUGCUCACACUGGGGUGCAGUGUUUGAUGUUCAAAACAAGAUGUUACAACAAUAAACAGGCAUAAAGCUGA